UGGAUUGCGAUGGAGCUGGAGGAACCAAUUAUCUGUAGCAAUGAGCAAGGAGCAAGGAAAUGAAGCGAAUAACCAAGGCAGCUAGAGACAGAGGAAGCUACAUUCCAAGGCAAAUGCAAGAGACUGGCAAAUAAGUAUCUGGCAGCUGAGAGGCCAACAGCAAGUAGCAAACAAAAGAUCAAAUUAAUAGUAUGGCCAACUGCAAGUUGCGAGCAGCUUUCAGCAGCAACAGCAAACACAGCUGGUGGCAAGCACCACCCACCCACUCACUUACAAUGGACAAACAUUUAAACAGUUGCCACCAUUUUAUCAUCAUCGUACCACUAUAAAACACAGUUGAUGGUGAAACGAGAGUAUCACAAUCAUUUCAUCGAGCUACUAUCGAGCAUGUCAAGCAAAUACGCACUGAUCUUUGCCCUGGCGGCCCUUUGCUGUCUGGUGGCCGCCGAGGCAGCCACGCAGCGUCGCCAUUCCGUUGUCCGCGACGAAGGUGGUGAAGUCGGCCGGGCUUCGCUUGAGGUCGAAGAUAGGCAGGAGGUGGAUCAAGAGUUGGAGCAUGGGCAGGAGCAGAUGCAGGCGAACGAGAACCGCAACACAGUCGACAGCAACAAGCCCAACAGAGAGGUAAUCGAACGACCGAGCAGUGAGGAUGCCCGUGCCAGGCGUGUCAUCCGACGCGGAGGUAGUCGUCGUGGCAGAAGGAACAACCGUCGUCGUCGCGGUGGUCGCCGUCGUGGCGGUCGCAGGGGAGGUCGUCGUCGUUCGAUUAGAAGACGCGGUUAAGCAGUUGAGAAACUGAUGAACACACCCACACAUACACACACACACAAGCAUGCACAAAAGCAUCCUGCAAUCACCGUACUGCCUUAUGUGCUAUACUUAUUUAAU